AUGAGUCGCAUUACCGAUGUGAUUAGCGCCGAUCAUCGCGAGUUACAGGCCUACUAUGAUCGCCUGGUUGACAACGAUGACCCGGACGAGCAGACCCGCUUCCAGAAUCAGUUGACUUGGGGUCUCGCAAGGCAUAUCAUGGGCGAGGAACUGGUCCUCUUCCCCGCACUCGACCGAUACUUAGGGCCUGGGGAGGCUACCCAGGAUAGGCGACAAAAUCAGAUGAUCAAAGAAAAGCUCCAAGUCUUCCAAGAUCUCAAAGCCUCCGACCCUCGAUUUGUUCCUACGCUCACAAUUCUAAUGGAUGAUUUGGCUUCCCACUCCCAAGCCGAAGAAACCAAGGACCUUGUCAAGUUGGAAAACGCAAUCACGGCGGAAGAGAGUAAACGCCUCGCUAAGUCGUUUGGCCGCACCAAGUGGUUUGCGCCGACUCGAGCUCAUCCUGAUCUCCCUGACCCUCCUUACCAAACGGUGGUAGGGUUGAUGGCGGCGCCGAAGGAUUACUUGCAGGAUCUAUUUCGCAAAUGGCCGGAUCCAGAGGAUCUUCCGCAGUUGGAUUAG